AUGGACUCAUCAUCACUCCAAGAAACCCCAGCUAUUCCUUCCCUCAAUCUGAUGGACCUCCCCACAGAACUCCAUCUACACAUCUCCACAUUUCUCCCAUACCCAGAUGCACUAGCAUUGAAACACACCUGUCGUCAUUUCUACUCUCUCGUCUACACCGGGGUUCACCUCAAAGUCGACUGGUUUGUCGAGCGCUUUUCCCAGAAACUCGAUUGUCCCAUGGAGAAAUGCUCGUUUCGGACGGACGAGGCAUUCUGUAAUAAGACAAUUCGAAUGAUCAUGGAGCGCAGAAGACGGCAUCUGGAGUGUAGGGCACAACCGGGUGGGUGUCUGGUCAUCGAGGGGAGGACUUGUCAGAAGGAUCUGAUUCCAUUGUGGAUGAAGAAACGUGGUCGUUGGGAGAUGAUUAGAUCGUUUGGAAAUGAAGCUUUGAUUCACGGGCUUAUCUUUCUCUGUGUCUUUUUGCUUUGGAAUAUGAGUGCAAGGCUACUAAACCGCGCGAUGGUGACAGUAUAA